AUGGAUGUGGAUACUCCUAACAUAUUAAAAAGGUGCAGUAGCGCACCUCUUAUCAAUGAAGCGGCGUCUACAGCGGCUACUUCGCCUACGACUAAUACAGCGCCCAGGAGCACAUUUUUCAGCAUGUUCACAAAUAACAGCUUACCGCGCACGCGUAGUAACAGUAUCAGCUGUAGUCCGCUGUCAGCGCCCGUUAAGUUGUCAAGCCCGUGCGGCCGGCGGCUGGCGCGCGUGAACCAGCUGCGCGCGGAGGAGUGCGCGGACGUGAGCAACACGCGCGAGGUGGCGCACGAGCGCGAGGUGCACUCCGCCAUGCUCAUGGGCCAGUCCUACGAGGACCUCACGCUCGCCGGCCUCGCGCACUCGCCCACGCGCCUGCCCAGGUUCUCGGCCGCGGUGUCGCCGUCGCCGACGCGCAAGUUCACGACGCGGCGCAGCCUGUCGCCCAUCGCGCUGCGCGCGUCGUCCUUCAGCCCCGUGCGGCCCACCGUGCUGGGCGGCAAGCGCGCGCGCGGCGGCGACGACGCGGCGCCCGGCAAGCGGCUGUGCACGGGACUGGGCUCGCCGCCCGCGCCCGACUGCACCUUCCGCCCCGUGUCCCCCCGGGACGCGCCCGAGGCCUCCAACGCCAGCUAA